AUGGAUUCGCUCAUUGAUUUCGCGUCGACCAACUGGUCGUAUUACACGAUCCCCGUGGCGUUCAGCCUGUGCAUGGCUCCGCACCUGUACUCGAUUAAGCUGGCAGGCAAGAACCACGAUCUAGCCCCUCGCAAGACAGAGGAACAUUGCGCUAAGGACACCACCAUUGACAAGCAGAUUGUCCGCCGCAUCUCCCGCGCCAAAGCAGCCUCCACCAACGGCUUCGAAACCCUCGGCCUGUAUGCCGCAGCCGUCGUCGCGGCCAACGUCGCGCGGGUACCCAAUGCCCGCCUGAACAAGCUGACGGUGCUGUACCUGCUGUCCCGCGCGUUGUAUGUGUAUACCUAUGUGGUGCUGCAGGAUAAUGCGCGGGCGGCGCUGCUGAGGGUGGGCGUGUGGUUUGGAGGGAUCGGGUUGAUAAUGGCGUUGUUUACGGCGGCUGGGAAGGCGGUUAAUGCGGUGGGUGCUGUGUAG